AUGUCAGCUACAGCACAGCUCGUCUUCGACUGGAUAGCAGCGCAUCCUAUCCAGACAUGUGUCUUCAUGGCCAGCACUAUCGUUCUCGUUAGGCCCCGUGUAGCUACUGUCCCCAUCUUUGCUGCGAUUGGAUUGACUACCUUGGGCCCUGCUGGUGGAUCGUUUGCCGCAUGGGUCAUGAGUUAUUUUGGCUUUGUCCAAGCAGGCGGCUGGUACGCCGUGGCACAGAGUGCGGCCAUGGGAGGCUACGGGGCUCCUGUCGCUUACGGGGUUGCACAAGCAGGCGCGUUGUUGAGUUCUGGGAUUGCUUGGGCGCUAGGCAGAAAUGACACGGCUACCUAAGAAGCCGUUGUACCAAGCCAUGGCUUGGGGCUUGAGAAGAUGUAAUCCCGAGUUCAUGUGACGACACGGAGUUGAGCUGAUGCAGUAUGGGCUGCGAAUUGGAGGAGGCUAAAUGCCUCAACCAGGUUGGUACCUCGGCCCGGUCGCUCUUUCACGCCAAGACGGCAGUGCCAACAUGAUCAAAGCCACAAGACGUUUUUCAUCCACACGCAUAGAACACACUGCAUAUGCCAUAGGCAACAGUGGCUACAAACCCUUGGUAGGAUAGAAGAAACGUG